CCGGGCAUAUCGGGUGCGCACAGGUCGCGACAGGCGCGCUCCCACCGCCGCACGCGCCCUGCCCGGCCCAGAGUCCCAGGCAGGGGCCGGGCCUUCCCUCCGCCUACCGGGAGGGCGGGCUGCAACCCCGGGCGGCGCCGCACCGAGGGGCGGACCCCAGACUUUCCUCCGACUCAAAAGCGGCGAGAGGCGCAGGGCGACUCCGCCCCUGUCCUGCCGCCGGGCGUCUGGAGCCGCACGUCCUGCUCGCCGCCGCCAUGGCCAAGCCCCUGACCGACCAGGAGAAGCGGCGGCAGAUCAGCAUCCGCGGCAUCGUGGGCGUGGAGAACGUGGCCGAGCUGAAGAAGGGCUUCAACCGGCAUCUGCACUUCACGCUGGUCAAGGACCGCAAUGUGGCCACCCCCCGCGACUACUUCUUCGCGCUGGCGCACACGGUGCGCGACCACCUGGUGGGGCGCUGGAUCCGCACGCAGCAGUACUACUACGAGACGUGCCCCAAGAGGGUUUAUUACCUCUCUUUGGAAUUUUACAUGGGCCGAACAUUACAGAACACCAUGAUCAACCUUGGCCUGCAGAAUGCCUGUGACGAGGCCAUUUACCAGCUUGGAUUGGAUAUGGAGGAGUUAGAAGAAGUUGAAGAAGAUGCUGGGCUUGGCAAUGGUGGUCUUGGGAGGCUUGCUGCCUGCUUCUUGGAUUCCAUGGCAACUCUGGGACUUGCAGCCUAUGGCUAUGGCAUCCGAUAUGAAUAUGGAAUCUUCAAUCAGAAGAUUCGAGAUGGAUGGCAGAUAGAAGAGGCAGAUGACUGGCUCAGGCAUGGAAACCCCUGGGAGAAGGCCCGCCCCGAGUUCAUGCUGCCUGUUCACUUCUACGGGAAAGUAGAGCACACAGAGGCCGGAGCCAAGUGGAUCAACACGCAGGUGGUCCUUGCUCUUCCAUAUGACACCCCGGUGCCUGGAUAUCUGAACAACACGGUCAACACCAUGCGCCUCUGGUCCGCUCGUGCACCCAAUGACUUUAACCUCAGAGACUUUAACGUUGGAGACUACAUUCAGGCUGUGCUGGACCGGAAUCUGGCCGAGAACAUCUCCCGGGUCCUCUAUCCCAAUGAUAAUUUUUUUGAAGGGAAGGAGCUGAGACUGAAGCAGGAGUACUUUGUGGUGGCUGCUACCUUGCAAGAUGUCAUCCGACGUUUCAAAGCCUCUAAGCUUGGGUCCAGCGGUAGUGCCGGAACUGCGUUUGACGCCUUCCCAGAUCAGGUUGCCAUCCAGCUGAAUGACACUCACCCUGCACUCGCCAUCCCUGAGCUGAUGAGGAUUUUUGUGGAUAUUGAAAAACUGCCCUGGUCCAAGGCGUGGGACAUCACCCAGAAGACCUUUGCCUACACCAACCACACGGUGCUCCCGGAAGCCCUGGAGCGCUGGCCCGUAGAGCUGGUGGAGAAGCUGCUUCCUCGACAUUUGCAAAUCAUUUACGAGAUGAAUCAAAAGCAUUUAGAUAAAAUUGCCGCCUUGUUUCCUAAAGAUGUCGACCGCCUGAGAAGGAUGUCUCUGAUAGAAGAGGAAGGAGGCAAAAGGAUCAACAUGGCCCAUCUCUGCAUUGUGGGCUCCCAUGCUGUGAACGGCGUGGCUAAAAUCCACUCAGACAUCCUGAAGAACCAAGUAUUCAAGGACUUCAGUGAGCUAGAACCAGACAAGUUUCAGAAUAAAACCAAUGGGAUCACUCCAAGGCGCUGGCUGUUACUCUGCAACCCGGGCCUGGCAGAGUUAAUAGCAGAGAAAAUCGGGGAGGACUACGUGAAGGACUUGAGCCAGCUGACAAAGCUGAACGGCUUCCUGGGCGACGACAUCUUCCUCCGGGAGAUUUCCAACGUGAAGCAGGAGAACAAGAUGAAGUUUUCUCAGUUCCUGGAGAUGGAGUACAAAGUGAAGAUCAACCCAUCCUCCAUGUUUGAUGUGCAGGUGAAGAGGAUCCAUGAGUACAAGCGGCAGCUCCUGAACUGCCUGCAUGUGGUCACCAUGUACAACCGCAUUAAGAAAGACCCGAAGAAGCUAUUCGUGCCCAGAACAGUUAUAAUCGGUGGCAAAGCUGCCCCGGGAUAUCACAUGGCCAAAUUGAUCAUAAAGCUGAUCACUUCAGUGGCAGAGGUGGUGAACAAUGACCCCAUGGUUGGAAGCAAGUUGAAACUCAUCUUCCUGGAGAACUACAGAGUGUCUCUUGCUGAAAAAGUCAUUCCAGCCACAGAUCUGUCGGAGCAGAUUUCUACCGCAGGCACCGAAGCCUCGGGGACAGGCAAUAUGAAGUUCAUGCUGAAUGGGGCCCUGACUAUCGGGACCAUGGAUGGGGCCAACGUGGAAAUGGCCGAGGAAGCCGGGGAAGAGAACCUGUUCAUCUUUGGCAUGAGAGUAGAGGACGUGGCUGCUUUGGACAAGAAAGGGUAUAAGGCAAAAGAAUAUUACGAGGCACUUCCAGAGCUAAAGCUGGCCAUUGAUCAAAUUGACAAGGGCUUCUUUUCUCCCAAGCAGCCUGACCUCUUCAAAGACUUAGUCAACAUGCUAUUUUAUCAUGACAGGUUUAAAGUUUUUGCAGACUAUGAAGCCUAUGUCAAGUGUCAAGAAAAAGUCAGUCAGCUGUACAUGAAUCCAAAGGCCUGGAACAUCACGGUACUCAGAAACAUAGCCGCCUCAGGGAAAUUCUCCAGUGACCGAACAAUUAAGGAGUAUGCCCGGGACAUCUGGAACAUGGAGCCUUCUGACCUAAAGAUUUCCCUGUCCAGUGAACCCAGCAGUGGGGUGAACAAAGCCAAUGGAAAGUUAGACAAAUAACCAGGAGAGAGGGCAAUGCUUCUUGGUGUCAUAGCCCACACGCCUGUGUCAGGGUGAAUGACCCACAGCUCCCCUCUGCUGCCGCCUUCCCCCAAGUGAGCAACGGCUGCCCGGACCGCUAGCGCUUCUCAACGUAAGCAUUUGAUUGAACUGCUGACAAUCCAUCUCCUUUCACUGCUGCACAGCAAAACCUAUUUCUAAGAAUACUUCUAGAAGCUAAAGGAAAAUAAGUUCCAGAAAGUGGCUUUUCAGAAAAAGGGAUGAUAUAAUCAAGUUCACUAAAGGAAGAUCUGCCUGGAUCCUGUCCACUCUGCCAUGAGGUGCAAGAUGAAGUGAAGGAGAGAGACUCAUAGCCCUGGAGGUACAAGAAAUACUUUCUUCCAAAAGAACCACAGUCUACUCUCUAUUAACCACAUAAAAGGGAGAUAAAGAUGAUUCAAAAGGCAGAGGAUUCUUUAAAAAACCAUUUGAAUUUGUUUUAGAGCCAAGUUUCUUAAACCUUAGGGGAUCAUGGAGCCCUUUGAACAUGUAAUUAAAGCUAUGGACCCGCUGCCCCAAAAAAUGUAUCCACUCUUCAAAUUUUGUGUACAAUUUUGGGUUGGGAGUUCGUGGACCCUCUGGCGCUUCUAUGGAUCCCAAGUAUAGAACCACUGUUUUCAUCAAGGUUCCCUGUGAUCUGUCAUUUGGCCUCCUUCCAGCUCAGUACUGCUGAGAGCAAGCUGAGACUUCCGGGCAGGAGACAGAGGAAGGUGCAGCUGACCCCAAGCCAGGAAAUCUGGGAUAACUGAGGGCAAGAGCGGAUUCACUCAGAGGGCAGACGUGACUAUGUGAUUCACAUGACCUUUAAAUAAAAAUGCAUUGUAACACCGUG